AUGGAGCUUUUUCUCUUUGAACCCAACGAAUAUCAACGUCUCUACAACUGUAGUAGUAUAACAAUUGAGACAAUACCUUUAGAACAACGUCGUUCAACACCCUUAGCUCUAAUUAAUUUAACAUUGGCAACGAUAUAUUUUUUACUUUAUUUGCCAUGUUUGUACUCAAUUUGGAACCAUCACUGGAAAAAUGAUUGUUAUUCAAUACUUUUCUAUAUUGGGAUAAUUGAUGUUAAUGCAUUAGUAAUUAUUGGAUUUAUCCAAACUUGGCUAUCCUUACAAGGGGCUGUCUUUUGCUCGUACCCUACUCUGAUUUAUAUUGUUGGAUCUAUAUCGCUAUGUUUAGAAAUUUGUAGUAUUAAAAUUAUAAAUUUAUUUAAGCUUUAUGGAUUGCAGAGAGCACUGCGGAUAUUGUAUAUUUAUGAAUUUAAGAGAUCGAGAUUUUUAAUUCUGGCUAUUAAUCGCUGUCUUGAAGUGUUGGCACCUAAGAUAGCUGAGAUCCUUUUUAAAGGAAUUCGCACUUAUUUGUGGCUAGCAAUUUGUUCCCUAUAUGCUCUAUAUUGGCUAUUUUUUGCUAAAGCAAUUGUUUUUUCUGGAAUUUAUUUCGCAUGGUUCUUCAAUCCAUUUAUUGGAUAUAAGGAGGAUAGUAAAGGGGAGUUUAACUAUGACUUUCACAUUAUUCACGAUCUCUCCGUUGCCAUUCUUUCACCCGGAAUUUAUCUUUUGUUUGCUUUAUCGCUUCUAAUAAAGAAUCAAGCCUUGCGGCAUUCUAAUACAAAUAAUAACGGAUCUGUGACAAUCAGUCGCGCUGAGAAAUUGACAUUCCUUCAAGUUUCUGUCAUUUCCUUAAUUAACACUAUUUGUGGCUCUAUAUAUUCUGUAAUGCAACAUAUAACACCUGAACGAUGGAUGAUUAUUUUGGCACAAUUUUCUUGGCUUUCCUCCAAUCAUUUACUUGGCAUUGAACAAAACGAUAAGGAAUGA